GAUUUCCGCCGUGGCGUCAGUCUGUUUUCGUGUGUCGGUGGACGGCGUCGUCGUCCUUGGCUCCGGACGUGGCAAUCGUCGUCGUCGUGCACCUCGAUCGCCACACGGCUCAUACCAUGUCCGUCAUCAUCGUCUACGACAGGCCGAGCGCCGAGUACCUCGCGGGGGAGACGGUGACCGGCAGGGUCAUCGUCCACCUCGACCAGCCCACGUCCAUCAAAGAGAUCACGCUAAGACUCAAGGGUGAGACAAAGUUGGACGGCGUCCUCGCCCUGCUCAACCAGAUGACGGCGGUCGGCACUAUAUUGCGUCUGGUGAACCCCCCGCACGAGAUCUUCUACAAGAGCAAGACGCAGCUCCUUGGCGGCGGCGACAAGCCCAAGCACCAGGACACGAAGCUCGAGCCGGGCACCCACGCGUACCCCUUCGAGUUCACGCUCCCGGCCACGGUCCCCAGCUCCUUCACGAGCAAGAACACGGGCCGCACGCUCUUCUCGGCCAAAGCCCUGGUGCGCUGGGACAAGGCGGACGACCAGAGCGCCGAGUCCGAGAUGAUCGUGUUCGAGCCCGUGGACCUCAACCUGCUACUGCCGCACAUCGCGGAACCCUUCGCGAAGACGGACAGCAAGUACUUCUGGACCCUGGGCAGCAAGUCGGGGCCCCUCACCAUGAGCGUCAGAGUGCCGAGCCAGGGGUACGUCCCCGGCGAAACCAUCCCAUUCGAAGUCGAAGUCGACAACAAGAGCACCUUCGUCGUGCACAGAGUGGAGGUUGCAGUGAGCCAGCACGUCAAAUACUACUUCAACUUGCGGAAGGUCCCUGAAUUCAUUAAAGUUGCGAAAGUGGAGCUCGAACACAGCCAGGUAAAAGGCGGCGAAGCGAAGGCCUUCAAGCACAGCAUCACCGUACCAGAGAGGACGCCACCGACCGUCCAGAACAACAAGUCUAAACACGUCAAGUGGAAAUACUUCCUGACGGCAAAUGCCGUGGUCGACCAGGGUCACAUAAACCUAAGAGUCUCGGCGCCCAUCGUGAUCGGCACCCUCCCCGUAGGAGCAACAGGAGGACGCGCGGAAGUCAAAGGUUCACCAACAAGUCCACCUCCGUAUUCCAAAGCUGAUCAAGUUUCAUCAGACUUCAUCAAAACUUUAAUAUAAAAAUUCCUUAAUAAAUAAGUCAAAACACUAAAAA